UUCUCAAUGUUUCUGGUUUUUCUGGAAAAGAAGUCACUUUCAAGAACGUACUAGAAACGAAAUCAAACAAAAACAAUUUGACCCAAAAAGCAAAAAAAGGGAAGAAGCAAGUUGUUGAUUGUAGAGAUUGUUCGAAAGAAGGCUAAUUUUGGAACAAAUAUUGUUGAGGUGAGUUGAUUUUUUCUCUCUAUAUAUACACACAAUUUUUACUUGAUUUUGGGUGAAUUUUUUAGUUUUUGCUAAGUUUCAUUAAAGUUGAUUUAUUAGGGUUUGGGUUUAUUAAUAAUUGGCAUUGUAAUUUUGGUGUUUCAAGAGAAGUCUCGUGGUGGAAUUUGUAGGGUUUUGAUGUCUCAAAAACAGAGAUAUGGCGAUACUUGAUCAAGCUCCAAAUAUGAUGUUACCUUUGGAUUAUACUAGAAAGAGGAAGUCAAGGAGUAGAAAAGAUGCACCAAAGAAUGUAGCGGAGACGCUUGCGAGGUGGAAAGAAGUGAAUGAGAAACAAGAUUCUUGUGAUGAUGAUGGAAGAAAGCCAGUGCGUAAAGUUCCUGCCAAGGGGUCAAAGAAGGGGUGUAUGAAAGGUAAAGGAGGACCGGAAAACGCACGGUGCAAGUACAGGGGUGUUCGGCAGAGGACAUGGGGUAAAUGGGUUGCUGAGAUUAGGGAGCCACAUAGAGGGAGUAGGCUUUGGUUGGGUACAUUUGCCACAGCAAUUGAGGCUGCUUUAGCUUAUGAUGAAGCUGCAAGGGCAAUGUAUGGUCCUUGUGCAAGGCUGAAUCUCCCGGAUUAUAAUUCGUCGAAAGAGUCUUCUAAGGAUGAGUCUUCCUUGCCUACGGUAUCUCAUUCCGGAUCCAAUACAGCCUCGAGUUUCUCCGAGGUGUGCCCUGCUGAUGGCAUGAAAGGAAGAGCUAGUGUUCCUCAGAUUAUACAUGAAGAUGGAGAGAGUGAAAUCAAAGUUGAUGGUACAAGGACCGGUUCUGAUGAAUGUGGAACGCCUUUGAGCACAUUGAGAGAGGUUGUGAAAGAUGAGACUAAGGGGGUGUUGAAUACAAAGGUUAAAGAAGAGCCUAUCGCCUUCGAGUAUGAUCCAGUGUUGAGUGGACAAGGUAGUCUUGACAGUUUCUCUUGGAAUGAUGAUAUGUUUGAUGUAGAUGAGUUAUUAAGCAUGAUAGAUUCGGCUCCACUGGAUGCCUCGGCUCCUAAUCAAGAUGUCGGUGUUCCUCCUCAACAUAAGCAUUACGCCUAUGAUCCUGCAUAUCAGUUCCAGACUAAUCAGUUGUCGGAUCCAUCAUGUCAGCUUAAGAAUGCAGAUUAUCAGUUCUCAAAUCCAUCAUAUCAGAUGGAAAAUGCAGUUGGCAAUACGUUGGAAGGUUUGCAGCAAGUGAAGCAACAAGCACCCCUCACAGAUGACUUUGAUUUUGAUUUUCUGAAACCAGGCCGGGAGGAAGACUUCAAUUUCUGUUUGGAUGACUUGGGCCUUCUGGAUUUCGGAGUUUGACAUGGUGGAUUUGUAGAAGCGUUCCAUGUGAACUGCUAGGAACAUGGUUUUGCUGUUUAUUGGAAGAAUUUAUGCAAUGAUAAGAAAUGUUCCAAGUGUCUGCCUUGUUAGUUAAGAGGUAUUUUUCUGAUUAGACAAAAAGGAAAAAACAUAGGAUACAAGCAGGACUGUUGAUUCUUUUUUAACCUUUUGCUUUUGGGGAACAAUAUGAUUGUCCCUUUCCUUUUGUACAGCUGAUUCUUGAUAAGUUUUUGGUUGAGAGAAUUGAGCUGUCGUUGAAUCAAGACAAAUAAUCUUGUACAGUUUUGAGGCAUGGGUAGUCAGCUUGCUAACUUUUACAAGCUUUUGGUCCUCCUAGGAUAGUAAGAGAGAAAAGAAUCUCCGUGUAAAUGGUCAUGUACUAAUAAUAAGUUCAUAUUCCAGUGGCCAAAGUUGUUCUUGUGGCAAA